CUAUUCGAAUUCUCUGAACUCAAGUCUAUAGUACAGAAGGGAGCCUGGAACUUCUGGCAAGUUAAGUGGACAUCAAUUUGUGGCCAAUUUGCCCUGGGAACAAUCAAACCAUCAGUGCGACCAUGGUCUCUUCGCAAGCUACAGACUCGUCAAAAUGAGACACUCUUUGCAAGACUCCUCCUUGGCACAGCUCCGCUGAACAAGGCCCUCUACCAAAUCCGCCAAGCCCCCUCUCCACUGUGCCCCUCAUGCAACACCCCAGAAACCUCGCAUCAUUAUCUCAUCUCUUGCACGGAGUUUGAAGAAACCCGUGCGCAACUGCGUCGCCAAGUAAACUCGCAUGGAGUUCUUACACUCAGCACUGCUUCACUGCUGGGAGGAGACACCUCCAACUGCCCUGCCUGGCUGCACAUCUGCAAAGCUGUUGAAGAAUUCAUCGGCAAAACUCAUCGAUUCCAGCCCUGAGACUUAAUAAAUAAGCAGAUUACGGAAAGAAUCGCCUCUGGUGGAACACGCCGUCAACUAAUAGAAGAUCAAGAUCAUCAUUUUCCUUUUACUUUGGCCUGCACUCUGCAGAAGCUCUCAGGCCCAAUGGGCAUCCUUGCGGUUGUCCUGUGGCUUCAAGUCCACCUAGCAUGGACACCCAGAAAAGAAGAAGAAGAAGACUUUGGCCUGUGAAGAAUUGCUAUUCAAUAUUCAUCUACUAGUACUAGUAGGUCUCAGGUGAUACAUAUUGCGUAAACCUAAUCAAAAUGGAAGCCGUAAAUGAAGAUGCUGAAGCUCAUUCUGCAAAUGAAGAUGUCAAUGAUUCUGUGAGCAAUGUACCUCCAACAAACGAAAGCCAUGCACUUCAGCCAGAGUAUGGCUGUAACUGGACAGAUAUCACAACUGAGUUCUUUGAAGCUAGUAAAGAGCUUGACCUUGGCGAGCUUCUCCAUGAUGAACUCUUUGGACUUUUUGAAGCAAUGAGUGCAAUAGAAAUGAUGGACCCCAAGAUGGAUGCUGGCAUGAUGUGCAACAGAGGGGCUAGAGUGCUGACUUUUGACAAGGCAAUCAAGGCCGGGGUGCUGAAACUGAAUAAUCUAAGCAUGGAGGAACUAGUCGGCAUAAUGGACUGUAUAUUUGGGUGCCUGGUGACGUGGCUGGAGGGGCACUCAGCAGCACAAACACUUCUUACAUGUCUGUAUCUGCACAAGCCUCUCACCAUCGAGGACCGGGCUUUGAGGGCCUUCUCGGUGCUCACGCUCAAGUUGGUGGCACUCAUCAACAACAUUGUAAACAUAGCUGGAGUGUAUGAGGAAGAAGACUUCCAGCCUGGUCUGUAUGGGUAUGGAGUCUGCGCUGAGGUGCCUGAGGCUCGGGCAGCGGCAGCUGUGCGUGAAGUGGAGGAGGAACUGCAGCGCGUCGUGAAGAGCUCUAGGAGCCGCCAGGGGGAGGCUUGGGAGCCCCUUAUGCAGAAGCAGCACGAGGAUGCUGUGGCGCUGUUCUCGCGGGUGCGUUUCCUGCGGCUGCUGUACGCGGCGCUGGCGGCAAUAAUGCGCAGGGAUCAGGUCUCCAUGCAGGAGGCGGAGCGUUGCUUGGCCUCAUGCACGGAACUCGUCUGUAUCAUGCAGAACACAGUCGGCAGAGGCCUCAGGCCCAGGGCCCACAAGGAGGAUGACCCCAACAAAGGGGACUACGGACUAGCGCUGGGAUUCGAGCCUCUGGUGAACCAGCGCCUGCUGCCCCCCACCUUCCCUCGCUACACGCGCCUUCGCACUCGUAGGGAGGCUCUGCAGUAUCUUGACGACCUCGUCACCCGCAUCAGGCAGUGUGGCAAAGUCACCCACACCCGCACCUUUAUGCAGGCCUUGGAGUUCCUGGAGAAGUUCAGCGAGCUGGAGCCGUGCGUGCUGUCUCGCAGCAUCGCGCAGGUGCUGUACCUGGGCACCGGCGGGGGAGGAGGGAACACAGGUGGGGGUGAGGAGGACAACAAGCUGUGGGGAGGACAGACGAUGGCCGAGACGCUCAGGGAGGCGGCCAAGCAGUUCAUUUGUCCACCUGCCCUCAUGCCGAAGGCGCCCGUAAUGUCCAACCCCCAGGCAAAGGCGUACGUGGACAACUUCUUUACGCAAUGCGUGCGGCCGUUUGAGCAGCUGUUGCAGAUGAGCGGCCACAACCGCGCCAGACAGCGCGACAAAGUCACAGAACUUCUGAGGGAAUUUGCCUUGCUACAGGACGAGGCAGACGAGGUGGACGCUUACCUGCACAACGUGCUGCUGAAAAGCGAGCACCCUCGUCCCCACCUGGCCUACCUCGGCACGUGGGUGCUGCACCACACGCUGCGCCUCAUGCUCCACUACCUCCUCACGGGCUUCUCGCUGCACCUCUACGCACCACAUACUAAUACCUAUGUCCCCAGGUACCUGUACGAGUUCGUGUUCGUGUGGCUGGUGUCGGCGCUGUCGCGGGCGGACGCGCUGCUCCCCGAGCUCGACAACGCUGACGCGGCGGCGCGCCUAAGGACCGCCCGCCCUCCGCGACACAAGCCCAGGAAAACCAGGAAGCCCAGCCGCCCCUACGCCAACGAGAUCACCUUCUAUCAGGCCCAGCAGCACCUCUGCGGGGGUUAUUACAAGGUGAUGGUGAAUAUUUCCGAUUAUGGAGCAUCUCCCUUUAGAUAAAGAUCUCUCAUCACUAAAUCAUUUUAUUUUCACUUAUUACACCACCGCUUCGCACCAUUCAAGGUGGUGGUAACACCACCGCCAGUGUCCUACCACACCUUCACCACCAUGACUGACCUAUCCAAUUUUCCACAGCCCGUGUCGCCGUCAUCGCUGUACCACGACGCCAGGAACCACUUCUUUAAAGCCAAGACCUUGCUGGAGACCAUCCCCAACCCCAGCUCUGAGAUGCAGGCGCUGCUCAAGAUCGUCAAGACAAACUUCGUGGUGAUGAAGCUACUCGAGGGAGGCCACAAGAACGACGACCCAACCCCACCCAAAUUUGACUUCACCUACCACCCUUGCUUCCCCAUCAUCAGGGUGUAGCUUAUCCGUCAUCUAAGUGUAGCUUCAUCAUUACCAAGGUGAAGGUGCCAGCCCUGCUUUCAAUCGAACAGCUGAAGCUUCCCUAUCAUCAAAGUGGAGGCGCCAAUCCUUCUUCACCAUCAGGAUGCAGGUGCCAGGUCUUUCUUCUCACCACCAGGGUGCAGGCGCCACCCCUUCCUCCCCAACACCAGGGUGCAGGCGCCAAUGCUCCCCCACCAUCAGGAUGAAGGCAUCACCCCUUCCUCCCCUACCCCAGGGUGUCAGUGUCAUUGCUCCCAACAACCAGGCUGCAGGCGUCGCCAUUACCCCCACCAUAAGGAUGUGGUGGCAGUUCUAGUCCAUGUACAGCGCUCCUGUUGACUUCGUAAGAUAUUCGAUAAAAGUAAAAUACGA